UUAUCCCAUGACAUUUAGAAUUUGUUAGAAUGUGUUUCGUGGUGGUUUUAAUUCAGAAUCCGAAGCGUGUUGUGCUGUGGUGUGAUUGUGUAAUUGGGAAGUAAUUCAGAAAGUUUUGUGUGCCGUGUGGGAUUAAACCGUUGGGAUUGCUUUAUUUCUAACUUAUAAUCGGCGUUGAACCGGAACGAAUGUCUUUGAGGACUCUUUGGAACCUUGUAAAUUAGGGGAGCAGGGGGGGAGUUUAAGGGUUAGGGCUUGAAAUUGUAGAGAAUUUUGAACGAUGGUAUUGCAUCUGAUAAUGCAUCCGGCCUUAUCGUGGGGAGAUUUUGCCAACUUGUUGUCAUGGAGGCGCUAAACUUCCCUUCAUAUAUACCCCAAAUUAUAGCUUUUACAAUCCCUGUUUUUCGGAUUUAUGUUGUGUCCUUGCUAGGUUUUCAUAGUCAUCGCAAUGUCUGUCUAGGCAUGGACUUGAGAAUCGAGUGCUUCACGCAAAGUAAUCAGACAGUGGAGUGAAUUAACGGGACUGUCAUCCAGGGUUUGUAGGAUGGCAGGCCAUGAGGAUGAGCUCUGUGCAGCUCUCAUGCGGCUCGCACUCGCUGGGGAUGGUCUGGUUAUGGGUGUCGGCAUGACAGUGCUGGCCUUUCGUACAUGGAUCAAGUUUUGGUCGCACUCGAAGGCUUUGAAGGAUAUUAAAGACACUCCGGUGACACGCAUUGCAGACCUACGUACUCUAGUGGAAGAGCCGGAUGUUCAAGCUAAAGAAAAAAUUAGAACCCCUGAGAAGCAGAUUAGCCCUCCUCAUCAAGACAUAGAAGUGUUUGCAACAAGAAGCAAAGUGAAAAUGCCCUCCAGGCCUUGGAUGGUAGAAAGGCUACCUAUACCAUCUCUCGAGACAAAGCAGGAGAAGCUGGUAAUUGUGAGAGGUAGAGUACAGACCAAAGCUUUUGUCGAAUCUGAAGGUGAUCAAAGAGAUGCUGAGGCUCUCAUACCUCUUAAUGUACCCGAGAAAGCCGUUUUUGUCGAGAGAACUCAAACGUAUGUGCUCACUGAGAUGAGCAACUUUUUGGGAUGGAUAACACAAAAAGACCUGGUCAAAUUUACUCGUCAAGUGUGUUUGUACAAUCAAUGGAGAGGCAUUCUUAGGCUGGGCUCUUAUACGCGAGCCCUUUUGGGAUCGGAUUCUCUCAAAGAUCAAGUUUUGUUAUCAAGGCGCAAGGUGCCCUUUGUUUUGGCUGAGACUGAGGCUCAUUGGAGUUUCCGACCUAGCGACAUGGCGGUUUAUGUACAUAUUAACCUGGACGAAUCACAACAUCCCAUACCACUUGUCACAGUUCAUCACCAGUUGCAUCCAGUACCGGCCUCAUCUUACACGCUUUUUCAAGCUAUGUUUGGGCGUCGCUACCCGGUUGGCCUCUUGGACGAGGAGAAGAUUUUACCACUUGGCGCAGAAAUUACUGCGGUUGGUGUAUUGCAUACUGCUCCAGACGGAACUCCAGUUGUCAAGUCUUCGAAACGUUUGCCUAUAUUUCUGACGGAAUUCACUAGAGAGCAGCUGCUUGUAGAGUUAGCGAGCAGUACCAAAGUAUUGUUCUGGAUGGGUGUAGCAGUCAGCACCGUAGCAGCUGGUGUUCUCGGUUAUUCUUUAGUGAAAAAUUGGACGAGAUGGAAGCAAAGGCAACAGCAAAGGCAAAGCCAGAACAACUCUGAGAAUAGGCAGAACAGUACCAUAGAGGAUGAGGCUGAGAAUUUCGAAGACAUCCCAGAUGGCGAGCUCUGUGUUGUGUGUCUUUUGCGGAGGCGACGGGCUGCUUUUAUUUACUGUGGUCAUCGCGUUUGUUGUAUGGGGUGUGCCGAAAGGGUUGAGCAUGGGGCUAAUCCUCGCUGUCCAGUCUGUCGGCAGUCAGUUACUGGCAUUGUUCGAGUGUACGAUUCCUGAGAUUACAGCAUUUUCCUUCCUCAUUUGCGACCUUACUUGCAUGAGUUGUACUCUUCCCCACUACAUAUUUGAUGCAGCUGCGAGCUCCUGGAACAACGGCUUUAAUUGCCCUACUAAAUCUGUAGCUAAGGUACCCGGGUCGGGAUCUGGUAGUGAAGUCGAUGAUUUUGUGUAUUGCUAAUGUGCAUAGCAUUAGUGACUAUAGAUUAGUUAAUGUAUGUGUCGUUCUUCAGUUGUCCACGAUCUGUAAUCUAGACUUAUAGCCGCUUUAAAGGGCGCUAUUGUUUUAGACAUGGGCAUCAUGUGUUGCUGUGUUCACCUUGUUGAUUUCCCUUGUGUCAUUUUUUUUAGGUCUCGGAUGAAGAAUGACGACAAAACCUGGUGACUUUUAGGAUGUCACUUUCAAAGUUUGAAGUGGAAGAACUUUGUCAAAUGAACAUUGUUGUUCUAGAGGAAAUCGGUGAUUAUUUAGAGAUUAGCAAAAGGAUUAUGUUUUGCCAACAUUAUGAUUAUGUUGCUGUGAAAUUCUGCGUUUGCAGAGAAUUAUAAUUUCGCAGCAACAUAAACCAUAGUAUGCACAUUGAGACAAAAACCUUCAGAAAGUGGUUGUGGGUUUGAAUCCAUACGUCAACAAGACAAUUAGUACUAAAUUAAUGUUAUUAA